AGUUUUUUUCGAUUACAGUCUGCAGCUCUACAAAUCUGAGCUUCGCCGCCGGUUCUGCAAUUCCUCUCCGAUUCCCAAAAUGAUUGAUGAUCAAGACCUGGGCUUCUUUGCCAACUUUCUAGGUAUUUUCAUAUUUAUUCUGGUGAUUGCUUACCAUUACGUGACAGCGGACCCAAAAUAUGAGGGCAACUGAGGAUUUUCAUUCUCACAGUACCAAUGCAUAGAUCUGCAACUGUAUGAUUGUCAUGUAACACUUGAGUUUUGGACAAAGGAAUUCAAGAAUGUAGUACUUUUUGUAAGAUGAGAUGAGAAUUAAUCUAGCCUUACUGUUUUAUCCGUGGAUAAUCUUCAAAAAUAGACUACUCAAAAAGAGCUUCAUAUCAUAUAGAAAUUUGUGUUGCUUA